AUGACGACCGCGGAAUUCGACGAGAUGGACGCCUCGAACGUCAUCGCGCUCCUCCCCGUGGGCGCGAUAGAGCAGCACGGCCCGCACCUCCCCGUCUGCGUGGACGCGGCCAUCAACGCGGGCGUGCUCGACGUCGCGCUGCGCCUCCUCCCUUCCGAGAUUCCGCUCACGGUGCUCCCGGCGUUUCCGUACGGCAAGUCCGUGGAGCACGACGACUUCGCGGGGACGAUAUCGCUGAGCGCGUCUACGCUCAUCGCGGCGUGGACGGACAUCGGCGAGAGCGUCCACCGCGCGGGAAUCGAGAAGCUCGUCCUCUUCAACUCGCACGGCGGUCAGCCGCAGGUGAUGGACAUCGUCGCGAGAGACCUCCGUAAAAGGUUCGGGAUGUUCGUCGUCUGCGUCAACUGGUUCUCGUUCGGCGUCCCGGAGGGUUUAUACGACGACGAGGAGAUCAAGCACGGGCUGCACGCGGGCGACGUCGAGACGAGCGUCAUGCUGCAUCUGCAUCCGGAGUCGGUGACGAUGUCGCGCGCGCGCGACUUCCCUUCGGCGGGGGCGGACAUGGAGCGAGACUUUACGUAUCUCUCGCCGGAGGGCGGCGGGAUCGGGUUCGGGUGGCUCGCGCAGGAUCUCAACCACGCCGGCGCGACUGGUAACGCAUCGGAGGCGACCGCGGUGAAGGGCGAGGCGACGGUGGAGCACGCCGCGGAGAGACUCGUGGAGUUGUUGCGCGAGGUGCACGACUUCGAUCCCGCGUGCGUGUUUCGGAAGGGCGCGGGGGAGUAUUGCCAGGUGCGCUUUCGAAAGGUGUGGGAGGAGGACGAGGAGAGGGCGGGGGAGGGAGGGGGUCGGGCGAGGGAGGGGGAGCCGUCGCGGUAUCGGUCGCACUACGGCGGGAAUCGAUGA